AAAUUCUACUCGGUGGAUAGGGUAUAUUUAAUUGACCAAUUAUGAUAAAGAAAUCCUAAUUAUCUUUGUUUUUAUUGGUCAAUUAAAUGCUACUCCACCCGUUGAGUAGAGUUUUCGAACGUAGCUAUGGAGAUGUUGCCUGGCACGCUGCAGCGGAAACCGACGAAAUUAAUCCGACAAGAUGACAUUAUCAAAAACAAAUCGCGACGCGGCAAAAACAUAUUUCACGAGUUGUCCUGUCGCGGGCUUCCAACCUCAAAUUAAGCACCACGCAAACCUACUUGCGAUGACUCAGCAACGAGACCUUUCAUGAAGAUUCAGCAAAACAGUGAACAGAUCUCAUUCUCGAGAUCUUCAAGCGUCAGCAACGCAAACGCGAAACAGUCUUUUCAAGAAAAAAAGAGCACCUGAUCACCGCAGCCAAUACGUAGAUAAGUUGCCUAAUAUACGAUGGAAUACUACAUAUUUUCAUACAUAUUCCGAAUGUCUAUAUAGCCCGGAGACAUCCGCAUUAUAUUUUGCAACAAGAGGAAGAAAGAGAAAUGUCUUCAGUGCGAAAAAGCCGCGAACGAGGAUGGAGCAGGAAAAAAAUAAAAGCGCGCCGAGCGAAAGCGACGAUGUUUUUCCACGGCAAAAGGAAACUCAUGUGGCAGCACUCGACUGACCCGCGUCCACAUCUCUCAUCGCUCUUAGAGCACCGUUCAACAACGGACGUCGCUCUGCCUCGUUCUCUCAGGGCCCGUCGUUUUGCGGCCAUGGCCCAUCGCGGAUUCAUUGCGAAGAAUGGAUUAAGUGUUCGCGAAAAUCGUAGACCGCGUCCCACACAAACCAGGAAGUCCAUGUAGAACAAUUAUAGUUAAACGUCAUCGACUGACGCGAGUCGGCGGCUACUGGUUACUCGCAUCAAAUCGCCCCGAAAAGCAGUGGGAAUUCCCUUCUGAAACCUGUUUUGCGAGAUUCUACAGCUUAAGUGCUAGUAAAUUGAUGCCCGCAUACACAGAUUAGUCAAGUUUUUUUUUGUUUUUCCUGUACUAUAUUUAUGAGGAACAAAGAUAUUAUUUUGAUUCAUGCGUAAAACGAAACAGCGCGUCUUUUCCUGUUUCAAUUUCUAAAUCGUCGAUUUUGCGACGUUAAAACGCGGUAAUUGUUAUUUGACAAUUACGUUAUUAUCAUUAUUGUUGUAUAUUUCUACUUUUCUGUCUUCAUCUAUUGUAUGCUGAAAAAAUACUCUCACGAGCACGUUAAUUUUGUAGCAUGCAAGCUUUAAAAGUAAUGUCAAAGUGAAAAUCACAACAAAAUGGUCCCAAUCACUGGAAAUUUCUUUCUUUCGAUAUAAAAUGAUAUUUAGUUAAGAAAAGCAUGGAUUUAUAAAAAAUGAUCAUUGUGGUCAGUUUAUCUGGAUUCCAAAAAGUUAUGAAAGUGAAGAUCCUGUCACCGUUUUCCAUAUAUUUUUCUCUAUAUACUUUCCAAUUUUCGUUCAAAAACUCCAAGAAUACCUUAUGACCACUUCUUGUGAGACGAAUUUUAAUUAGGGUUGAAACGUUCCAACUAAGAACAACCUUUUGAGAACAUUGUAUGAUAAAAUAAUAAUAAUGAAUAAUUUAUACGCGCGAAUAUCCGUGCUUCUCGUGUUGACUCGAAAAAAGGACUUGAUUAUUCAAAUCAAUACGUUAAUUACGCGACACGAAAUGUUAAUAUAACUUCCUAAAUUAUAUCACAUUCUGAUCUUAUAACGAUCAAGCAGUUUUAAAGACGUUUCUUCCGGUGCUGAUUUUACUGAUAAACACGGUAAGCACCAUGCUGUACUUUCGUGUUAUUAAUGCGAUAAGAUACGGUUAAGUGACACUUUCGAGAUGAAAUUUCCCGUUAAAGUUGGAAUUUGUCACUUCUUAUCGUGUCAUUGAUAAUGAAUCUCACUUUCGUUAGAUUGUAUCUAGCACACUUCAUUAUUAUUAGUAUAAUUAAUUCAAAAUCUUAUUUUUAGUCAAAACUCGGAGAGAGAUUCCCGCAGAUGAUAGAUAUAGACUCAAGGAAGCAGGAAGAAAUAUAGGAAUGAGUGAUGAGAUUGAUUUCCAAUUCGGAAAAUCGAGAAUAUAAACUCACGAGGCGAGUUUUUUUUAACGUAAAGUCGUCUUUACCGAUUUAUCGGUCUUCCUAUAUUUUUUCCGUGCGAUUAAUCUUGCGAUCAAAAAUUACUGUUUUUGUUCACAAUUAAAGAUCCUUUAUCGAUUACGCAAGCAAAUCGUGCGUAAACGUACAUUGUGCGAACAAUAUACACAUGAUUGAACUUCGUUUUCUUCGCGGCGCGAAACGAUCAAUUGGUGUUGUAUAAUUAACGAUUUUGACGCGAUGUGUUGAGCAAUUGUGAUAUUGAGUAAACGAAAGUGCGUUUACAUAUGUACUGAAGUGAAUAAAUGCACAUUCACGUCAUUCGCUCGAUCGGCUUCACCUCUCAGAGGAAUUCAUAACGACGCAUGAUUGUACUGUAUUUAAUUAUUCAAUUAAGACGUCUUGAUGUCUUGCAUCAUAAAACUUCGCACGCGAUGACGCUUGGAUCCUAGGAAAUCAGAGAAACUCGUAUAAUUGAUUACAUUUACAGAUCGGGAUUUAUAUUUAUCGCACGUAAUAUGGGCAAAGCGCGUCAUCGUGACGUGUGCAAAAUACCGUAAAAGGAAAUUUUUACGCGUAGGAAGUUUGCAUUUUAAUAAAAUGAAUAUUAAUUCCGAGCGCAGAAUCGAAUACUUUGUGGUGCAGUCAAUAACUUCGCCAUGGAUCUAAACGUAUUUACAUGAAAUUUAUUUCAACUUUUAUUUACAAAUUAAAAAAAGUCGCCUGAUUUUCGCGACGGACUUUCAAUUGCGAAGAUCAGAAGCAAAAUCCGUCGAGUUCGCUGUUCGCGAGUGUACAGCUAAGUAACUUGUUUAUCGCGCCCGGCUGGGUAUUAAGUUCAAUUACGACGAAGAUAACUUUUAUUACUUUUCGACUCCGCCGCUCGACGAUAAAAUUAUAUCAAAUCGAGUCUUUUCUUCGCCACGCAUGCCACGAAACCAACCUCCGCAGAAAGGAAAAAGAAACCCUUAUUGAAGAGCCGCGACAACGCUUCUUCCUCGUUCUCAUCAACGUCAUUCUCUUUUUCUUCUUUUUCCUCUCGCGGAUUUCGGCACAAGUCGACCAGUGUUUGAGGGGGAAAUCCGGUGAUAUGAAUUCCCGUGGGGAAAACUGCGGCAUACGCGGGGGAAGGCGGCGAAAAGGACGGCCGUGAUUCGCGCCAUAUCGCGGCGUGUCGUGUGUCAUUCUCGUGUCUACCUGUUCUACCUGAUGGUCUACGUGAGGACAAGUGAAGUAGCAGAACGCCCAUCUCGCCGGCUAUUCGUGGCUGCGGCGAUUCAACAGGACUCCUGGAUAGAGAGGGGCACGCCGGUUCCUCAAUACCUCGUGAUACAUCACCACGACGCGGUCAUUGCGUCUUGGACACCGGACGAGAAGUCUUCGGGGCGAGUAGCCAAAUAGACUUGGCUUCCGGCGCUUGCACGCGAGAGGAGACGUCUGUCGCGUCUCAACUCUAAAUCGUGAACGGAAAGUUCAACGCCGAGACGUAUCGUUGACGACCAUCGUCCGUGGAUUAGCUAGACCUAUCGAUCUUCAUCGUUCGACCUGGAGAAUACCCUGCGAGGAAUUGUUAAGCGUGUAAAAAUGACGCGGCCGAGAACGACGAUGAUCUGGAACGUGCUGCUGGUUCUGCUUUAUCUGUUCGCUCGUGAAAGUCGAUCCGAAGCGGUGAUAACGGCCCAUGACGAUAUCGGGCUGACACCGAUCGACCCGGAGAUCGCCGACACCAUCGACUGGAGUCGUCACGCGUGCAGACGAACGUGCAGGAAUGAUGCGUCGUCCCUAGAUUGUUAUUACACUUUCAAGCUGGAGUCUUACAUGACUAUGAGCAAGGCGUGCUAUGACUGUCCCUUCAACAUCACGGACUGCUUUCGACCUCAUUGCAUCCCGGCGGAUGGUAUCAGCCGGUCCGUCUUGGCUGUAAAUCGCCAAUUACCAGGCCCACCGAUCGAGGUAUGCCAAGGCGACAAGAUAAUAGUAGACAUGAUCAACAUGCUGCACUCCGGGAGCACCACGAUGCAUUGGCAUGGCCAGCAUCACAUCGCCACACCGUACAUGGACGGUGUACCUUACAUAUCGCAGUGCCCGAUUCCACCCGGGUCGUCCUUCCGAUAUGAGUACAUCGCCACCGAAGCCGGCACGCAUUUCUGGCACUCUCACUUAGGACUUCAAAGAGGCGACGGCGUGUUCGGGCCGUUGCUCGUCCGCGUACCACCCGCAAAGGAUUGGCACAAGGAUCUUUACGACUUCGACGAGUUUACUUUGGUGGUCGCCGAUUGGAUUCACGAACUGAGCGAUAGCAUGUUCUUGGCUCAUCAUCAUUCGAACGGCACUAAUAAAGCACCGAAUCUUAUAAUAAACGGUCUGGGUCGUUACACAACCAUAAAAGAAAAUGAGACUCUUGCCAACAUGCCUGUUUCGACGUUCGAUGUGAAACCGAAUUCCCGGUAUAGAUUCAGACUUAUCAACGCGGAGUUCUUGAACUGCCCCAUAGAAGUUUCAGUUGACAAUCAUACUUUGCUUGUAGUCAGCACGGAUGGACGUGACAUCGAACCGGUGCAAGGCGAAUCUCUGGUAAGCUACGCCGGCGAGAGGUUCGACUUUAUCAUUGAGACGAAUCAGCCGGUGGACAAUUAUUGGAUGCGAUUCCGUGGACUGAUGGACUGCGACAAGAGAUUCCUAAGCGCGUACCAAGUCGGAAUAUUGCGCUACGAAGGAGCACCCAACGCGGAUCCAGAAGUUGAGGUUUCGUACGAUCGUGUACGAAAUGAUUCUUAUGGAUUGCAAAUAAAUGCUCUAAACGAAGGGACCGAGUCGAACAAUAGCAUCAGCAUGCCAUUAUUGAAUGCCAUGGACCCUGAUGACGAAUCCAACACCAGAGAACCAGAUUAUCAAUUUUACAUAUCGUACGACUUCUAUGGGAAAGACAAUCCGAGUUUUCAUCGCAAGAACUUAUAUGGCUUUCACCAAGUAAGGGAUCGGACUCAGCGAUUGUUUACGCCGCAAUUGAACCACAUAUCGAUGAAACUACCCUCGUUCCCGCUGCUACCUGAGAGACAUCUCGUUAAGCCGGAUCAGUUUUGCAACUCUAGUACCGUCGAAGGAUGCGAGAAAGACUUUUGUGCUUGCACUCACGUACUUCAAGUCAAAAAGAACAGUGUAGUGGAACUGGUUCUGGUAGACGAAGGUUUCACGUUCGACGCAAAUCAUCCGUUCCACCUUCACGGUUACCAGUUUCGCGUGGUGGCCAUGGAAAAAGUCGGACAAAACAUCACUGUCGCUGAAGUGAAGGAAUUAGAGAGACAAGGCUUGAUAAAUAGGAAGCUCGAACGAGCACCUCUGAAAGACACAGUCACCGUACCCGACGGCGGAUACACUAUUGUGCGCUUUCUCGCAAAUAAUCCAGGGUAUUGGCUGUUCCACUGUCACAUUGAGUUUCACGCAGAGAUCGGAAUGUCGUUGAUCUUCAAGGUAGGCGAGCAUGAGGAGAUGCCACCUGUGCCUUCGAACUUCCCGAAAUGUGGUAACUGGAUAAUGACGCAGGAUCACAGCAACAUGAGUGAUUCAAUCGACAAAACCGUAAACGACACGGUUCCCGCAAUGAUCGAGACUGAGGAACCACCGACGAGUGUCAAAGUCGCGAUAUCGAUAGAUCACCUGUUGAAAUUAUUAUCGCAACUUGUACGGGAACUGCGUCCUCAGUCCUCCUUGGCGAACAGAUCGAGCAUGACGCUGUUACCGGUCAUUUUAGCUUGCCUCAUUAGCUUCGUGUUCAGUCCAUGUUCGUUAUGA